AUGGCCCACAGAGGUGCUCUUGAGGCGCUAGAUAGAUCUCUGAGAGACAUCAAAGACUCUACAGUUCCCAUGGGAGGCAUAACACUUCUUUGUUCAGGAGACAUCAGGCAAACACUGCCAGUUAUUCCCAAGGGGAAUAGAGCUGAUACAGUACGUGCGUGUCUUAAGUCAUCUGCAUUGUGGCCCCUGAUGAAGACUCUCAAACUUCACUCUAACAUGCGCGCUCAUAUGCGAAGUGACGUAGCAUCAGCAGAAUUUUCUCACACCCUCCUUGCAUUUGGCGAAGCCAAAACUUCCUGCGAUGAAAAGGGUAAUAUUGCCAUUGAUUCACUUUGUACCAUUGUUGAUACGCCUUCUGAUCUCACCGAUGCAGUUUUCCCAGAUCUCCAAGUAAAUUAUCAUAAUAUGGAUUGGAUUGGCCAAAGGGCUAUUCUGGCCCCGAAGAAUACAACUGUUAACCAUAUUAAUGAUCAAAUGCUAAAAAUCAUUCCUGGAGAUGACUAUAUAUAUAUAAGUCUAUUGAUACAAUUCCUGACCCUGAGGACGUCAUCAACUAUCCAAUAG